GCCAGGCACGCAAGUCGCUUCAGCCCACGCUUCAGGAGCAGCAACAGCAGCAGCAGUACUAACAGCAGCAGCGCUAACAGCCAGAGUCAUCUGACAAGUCGUGUCGUGUGACAAGCUUCAGCAGCAGCUUAACUGUUACUUUUGAUACGUGUUUCGGAAGAGUCGCUUCAACUAAGAAGAGAUUGCUUAAAGUCGUGCGUCGCUAUUUUUAAACGCUUCCGUGUCUUUUUAUGUUGCAGAUUUAAAUCUAAUUUUCUUACGCAUUUUCUUUUGUGUGCACUUUUCGCGUUCUUUUUGUCAACUGCCUUUAACGCGCGCUAACGACCAUAAGAUUGAGAAGAAGAGCUUAAACCAUACAAUAAACUGAUACAGGACAUCGUGUAUUUGCCAAGGACUUGCGCAAAUAAAGCGUAAAUAUAUUUAAAUCAAUUAAAAGGAAAAUAGACGCGGCUCGUCGUAACACCUAAGCCCAGCACAGCUCUACAGGCUCCUGUCGAGGAAGACGAUUGCUACUUAGACGUCCAAAUGAGUAACAGCGCUAUGGUGGCAGUGGCCAUUUGCUGCAUCUUGGUGCUCCUGGCGGUGUUCAUCGUCAUUAUCAUAGUUGUUGGGCAGCAGUUCGAGGAGCCCAAGUGAGACAUGCUCCAGCUGGGACCUGGCAACUUCCCAGAUGGAUAACAAAGAUCGACAAAUUGUUAAUUGCCAUGGCACACACCGAUGCCAACCACAACAACAACAACAACACAACAGGAUGAAGAGAAGAAGUUGAAGCAUUAUACCGCCGUCGUCCAUCGAUGUCCACAUUAUCCAUACGAGUCACAUCUAGAAUCCAAUGUCACCCAACCAGAGGCGAAUGGGCUAGAAACAGAGAGCAUCGUCAGAGAUAGAAGCAGAGCGAUAAAGCGAUAUUAAUCGAAGGAGAAGACAUCCCAACGUCAGUACCCAUUGGCUGUGAUGUGAAGUUUUUAGAAAAAUAAAAAACAACAAAAUUUGGAUCAUUCCUCAUGCCGCAACACAUCUAUAAGUAGAAGUUUACCUUGUGUGUUUGUUAAAUGUUGUUAUGAUCAAACCAAU